AAUUUAAAAGAAAAAACGCUAUGAAUAAAUAAAAAUCUCUAAGUUUCUCGAUCGGGGCUUGGACUUUGAUCAGUGUCGCGUUCAAUCCUCCAGUCUCCAUCGAUCUGAUUAUUCGAUCCCAUCUUCGUUAGAUUAAUCAAGAUUUUUAUUGAUGGGAACAUCAUCUGGUUCUAAUAUUAACCAUCAGCAUUCAUCCAAGAUGUUGCCCCCUCGUCAACAACCACGGUCAGGGAGCUUACAUACGUCAUUGUCCUUGGUCUCCUCAGAUCCUCGCUUGUCACCUGAUCCCCAUGAACACAAAUCGAACUCGGAUAACGUUCACGAAUCUCCUAAUGAGAGUGCUAGCUCACGAGAAACUUGGCCUACUGCUGAUGCUGUCGCACCAAAGGAGAUAGAAAAUGUGAAAAUGGAAAAUGAUUGCCUUGAGCAGUCUGUUAUUCGUCGUGUUUCUAGUGCUGAUAAGAUAACUCUUCGAGACAUUGCUAGAGAAAGAGUUGAUGUUAUAUCGGAAAAGAUACAACACCUACCUGAUGAGUAUAUAGAUGAGUUGAAGAAUCAACUCAAGGCUAUCCUAGAAGGCAACGGUGGUUCACAGAACAGGGAAGAGUUUUUUAUUCUUCAGAAGUAUGUUCAAAGUAGAUCUGAUUUAACAGCAAAGACACUAAUAAGAGCACACCGGUCACAACUUGAGAUCCUUGUUGCAAUAAAUAUGGGAAUUCAGGCAUUCUUGCAUCCAAACGUCAGUCUUUCCCAAACUUCUCUCAUCGAGGUAUUUGUCUACAAGAGAUGCAGAAAUAUAGCAUGCCAAAACCAGCUACCUGCAGAUGACUGCACCUGUGAAAUAUGUGCCAAUAGAAAUGGCUUUUGCAAUCUUUGUAUGUGUGUUAUCUGCAACAAGUUUGAUUUUGAAGUAAAUACCUGCCGCUGGAUUGGCUGUGAUUUGUGCUCCCAUUGGACUCAUACUGAUUGUGCUAUUCGUGAUGGGCAAAUCUGUAUGGGCCCUUCAGUUAAACGUGCAGCAGGUCCUACUGAAAUGCUCUUCAGGUGUCGUGCUUGCAAUCGACCAUCUGAGCUGUUAGGUUGGGUUAAAGAUGUCUUCCAGCAUUGUGCUCCAGCCUGGGACAAGGAGGCUCUUAUGAGAGAACUUGAUUUUGUUAGUAGGAUAUUUCGUGGAAGUGAUGAUCCUGGAGGGAAGAAACUCUUUUGGAAGUGUGUGGAUCUUUUAGAAAAAAUGAGGGGUGGACUUGCAGAGUCUGCAGCUUGCAGAUCGAUAUUAGUAUUUUUCCAAGAACUUGGCUUAGAUUCCCCAACAAGCUUGGAAUAUGUGGAAGGUGGGCGGCUGAUAGCACCACAAGAUGCUUGUAAUAGAAUUGCAGAUGUAGUGCAAGAGGCCAUAAGGAAGAUGGAAAUGGUGGCUGAUGAAAAGAUGAGACUGUUCAAGAAAGCUCGGUUGUCCCUUGAUGCUUGUGAGCGGGAGCUCGAGGACAAGGCCAAGGAAGUAGCAGAACUAAAGCUGGAGAGACAGAAAAAGAAGAUGCAGAUAGAAGAGCUGGAGAAGAUUGUAAGGCUUAAACAGGCAGAGGCUGAUAUGUUCCAGCUUAAGGCCAAUGAGGCAGAACGAGAGGCUGAGAGGCUUCAAAGAAUUGCUCUUGCGAAGGCAGAUAAAUCAGAGGAAGACUAUGCCAGCAGUUACCUGAAACAGCGCUUGAGUGAGGCGGAGGCUGAAAAGCAGUAUUUGUUUGAAAAGAUCAAGCUGCAGGAGAGCUCACGUGCGCAGCAGAACAAUAAUGGAGGCGAUUCUUCAAAGGCAUUGAUGUAUUCCAAAAUCCAUGAUCUGCUUCAUGGAUACAAUUCCCCCUCUAAGACCGAGUCCCGACCAAACGAUCACAAUGGUUUUAGAACAAAUCCCUAAGGAAGUCUGACGCGAGGUCGGAAUGUGUUGAUUGUGGUGAACUAGACUAAAAGAUUUGGUGCUUUAAUUUAUCUAUGAACCUUCAAUCUUCAAUCUUUGUAUGAUAAUUGUUGUCCUGUAAAACAAUUAGGUGUGGUGAA